UAGAUCCAUAAUCCAUUGAGAUAUUGGAUAAGAUGGCUGCCCUUCAAGUAGUCGCUUUGUUGCCUCUCUUCUUGGUUUCAACAAAUGCAUAUUCCGGAUGUAGCAUGUACCCAUGUGACUCGUCAUGUGACCUGUCGUCUCCACCCUGCAAUGGUCUCAUCUUCCAAGAAGAAUUUAAUUCUUUAAAUCUAGACAUCUGGGAACAUGAAAUUACAGCUGGAGGCGGAGGGAACUGGGAAUUCCAAUAUUAUACCAACAAUCGCUCAAACAGCUACGUCAAGGAUGGAAAGCUCUUCAUAAAACCGACAUUAACCGAGGAUCUUUUGGGACCUGGUUCGGUGACAAGUGCAAGAUUAGAUCUGUGGGGUGCCUCGCCUGCUAACCUUUGUACUGGACAUGCAUGGUGGGGAUGUGACCGAACUGGAACUGCUGAUAACAUUCUGAAUCCAAUACAAUCUGCUCGCCUGCGAACUGUCGAUUCGUUCUCCUUUAAGUACGGACGACUGGAGGUGGAGGCUAAGCUACCUACUGGUGAUUGGCUGUGGCCUGCUAUUUGGUUAUUACCUACUCGCAAUGCAUAUGGAAAUUGGCCUGCUUCGGGAGAAAUAGAUCUGGUUGAAAGCAGAGGUAAUGCAAAUAUGAGAUACGGUGACGUAUCAGCUGGGGUAGAUCAGAUGGGAUCGACUAUGCAUUGGGGACCAUUCUGGCCUCUCAACGGAUACCCUAAAACACAUGCAACAAAAAAUCUCCCUGAUGGUCAAACCUUUGGAAGUGGGUUUCACAAGUACGCACUGAACUGGACUAUGGAUUCAAUGAAGUUUUACGUUGAUGACGAGGAAAUACUGUCUGUAGACCCUGGCAGUGGCUUCUGGGAGUUUGGUGAAUUCGCGGAUCAAGCACCGGGUAUUGACAACCCAUGGGGACACUCUACCAACAAAAUCACUCCAUUUGACCAGGAGUUUUACUUGAUCCUGAACGUAGCCGUUGGAGGAGUAAACUAUUUCGGUGACACAGCAACUUACGACCCCCCUAAACCCUGGACAAACGAUUCUCCCACUGCUGCCCGUGAUUUCUGGAAUGCUAGGAAUGACUGGCUACCGACUUGGAACGGAGAGGAAGCUGCCAUGCAGGUUAACUAUGUCCGUGUGUACGCCCAGGACGGCCAGACGACCUACCACUUGCGCGACCGAUAGACCGACCGAUAUCAACCGAUCACUCUUGCAUGAUGAAAUCAAUAUUU